CAGAAAUCACAAUAUGAUCAUGGUAUUUCAGAAAAUGAGAUUGAAAAUGAUCUUUCUUUUGAUUGCAAUUUACCAUAUAAAUUCGCUCGUUCAAAACUCUAUUUGUGGUUGGCUAAAGCUAUACUUGUGGAAAAUUCUGGUUGGCUGGAAAAUGGGUUUGAGAAAAGUUUUCUCACAUGUCGUUUAGUUUUACUCUGGCAGUAUUUACUGAAAGACCCAGCAAUUCAGUUGAAGAAAAUUUUGAAUACUUUGGUUGACAUCGAGAUUGACUCUACCACUAAGGCAAUAGCAGCGGAGGCGUACAUUGAACGAAUGUAUGCACAUUUAAUGUAUGGUCAAGUGCGUGAAGCUAAAAAUUGUUUGGAAAGUGCUAUGAAUAUAAUUCAAAUUAAAGUGGAAAUGGUCGGAGCUAUGGGUAGACGCACAAAGUUCCAAACUGUUUUACCACAACUUAUUGCUGUAGUUAAAGAAAACGGUGAUCUAAAUCAAGAUGCAGAAGAAAAUGAAAGUGUUUUGCCUCGUUCUAUAUUGCUUUCUGACGAUUCUUUGUUGGAAACUGUGAGUAUUGACAGCUGUGAUCCUUCUGUCACAAAUGGAAAAUUUUCUUCUCUUAGUUUAGCAUGUGUGUUGGCUUCUUGUGCACUUGAACAAAAAAUUCAAAGCACUGAUGACACUGUGAUUGAAAAAUGUUGCUCAUAUCUCAAUGAGGUAAUAGCUCAACGCAGAAAUUGGGCACUUCAAGCUAGUGCACUAUUACAACGCUCGGAAUUCGAAAAAACUCGCUCGCGUCGUGUACAACGUGCAUGUAUGCAAUUAGAAUUACUUUCAGAGUUAAUGGUUGGCACUGAAGAUGAGGUCGAUGAUGAUAUUUCCAAAAAACGCUUGUUGCUGCUGUUAGCUAGUGGUCUGAAACCAUUUUGGUAUGUUCAGUCUGCUCAUGCUGAGCUUCUCUGUUCCAUUGGAUGUACUUCAGAAGCCUUAGCAAUUUAUGAAAAGCAAGAGAAUUGGAACCUUGUUAUCCAAUGUUAUCAGUCUCUUGGACAGCUGGAAAAAGCGGAGCGACUGGUUCGUGAUCUACUUGCAAAGGAUAAUACGAGACCAGCUUACUGGUGUCUUCUAGGAGAUAUACUUCAUGAUGAAAAUGCUUAUGAGAAAGCUAUUGAGGUUUCAAAUGGACGCUCAUUCCAAGCUCAUCGAUCACUUGGAAUGCUUAUGCUUCAUCGUAACAUUUAUGAUAAGUCAUUUACACAUUUAAAACGAAGUCUAGAGAUCCAGCCUAUAAAUGCAAAUGUGUGGUUCAAUUUGGGUUGUUGUGCUUCUAAGCUUGAAAAAUGGGAGGAAAGUGCCAAAGCAAAUCGUGAAUGUGUGCGUUAUGAGCCUGCUCAUUUCCAAGCUUGGAAUAAUCUUGCUGUUGCAUAUGAACGACUUAAUGAUCUAGAAAAGGCUAAAAGACUUUUAAAGGAAGCUCUGAAAUUAAAUUUUGAUAGUCCGAAGCUGCGAGAAAAUUACAUGGUUCUCUGCGUUCGAACACAUGAUAUUUCAUCAGCAAUCACUUCUUAUCAUGUUUUAUUGGAUUCUAAUAAGCAAUACAAAGAUGAAAUGAUUCUUAUAUCAAUCACCAAGAUGUUACUUGCACUCAAAGAGGAGGAUGAGUAUUCUACAAAAUCUUUAAUUGAUGAGAUGUGUGGACUGUUGGACAAAAUAAGUUCGCAGCAAACUUGCUCAUCAGUGAUUUGGGAAUGUUAUGCAGACUUGAAACAACCAAAUUUGAAAUCAAAUAUUGCUGAUUAUGAAGUUUAUGGAAAGUUAUUGGAACGCUCUUUCAGGAGCUGUUAUAAUAAAAAGGACUGGUAUAAAAAUGAAGCUUCUUGUCUUUCUGUCUUGAAGUCGGCCAAGAAACUGCUGCAAUCUAUGGAAGUGCUGUCAAAAAUGAAAAAUGGAGAAAAAUCUACUAUAAAACUCAACAUCCGAAUGACUAUUCAACCAGUUAUUUCAUCUAUCGAAAAAUCAUUUGGUAUAGAUGCUGUGGAGAGUUCUCAUUGUGACUUAAAAAAACUUGUAGCCGAAGUCAAGAAUUUUACAGAGACAAUUAUGUCGUCUAAUGAACAGGCACCAACAACCUCGAUUACUUCUGCAACAUUAGUUACGGCUUUACCAAUCACAGUACAGGCUGCUUCAAAUAACUCAGCUGCCUAUGCUAAUUUGUCAGUGGGUGAGCUGCUGCAAAAGCAUCGCAUAGCUACAGUGCCAUCGAGGAAUGCGGCACUACCUUCAAUAACAGGAAAUCGAUUUCCAAUAAAACCAUUUUCGCAGCAUUCUUGUGCAGAAAGUACUCUGUCGCAACCUUCAGCUUUCUUACAAAAUGGAACUGACGAAGAUACUUCACCAAAUUUAGAAAAGAAACCGAUUUUCUCUGAAACAGCCAGUGUAGAAGCCUUUUCUGCGCAGAUGCUUCAUCUUCAGCCGAAUCAAGUAACAGCAUCUUCGGAAACAUCAUUAAUUUCAUCUUCACAUUUGGAUGAUCUCAUACGACAGAUUGAUCCUACCUCAGUUCUAGAUGAUUCUGUGAAAGUCAUGCUGAGUGAUUUUGUCGAGGAUUUUGUCGAUCAGGCAUUUUUGUUAUUGAUCGCUGUAAUUGAUCGAUCUUGUAAGCUUGCUCGACAUCGUGGUUCUGAAAAACUUGAAACAAAGGACGUCGAAUUUGUUCUGCGACGAUACUUCAACUGUUCUACUUUUCCAUCAUGCGGUUCUGAAAUAAGAUCAAAUGGUUUAGAGAACAUUCGUAAAAGUGCCGAUGUGUUGGCACAUAAACAGCGAAUGGCUUUGAUUAAGAAAACUCUCAAAAAACCUUGA